AAGGCCCAAAUCCCUGGUUGGAUACCGACAGCUGAGCCUUCUCUCAAACAAUCCAUGGUCAAUUUAGACCGCUACUCUGUUUUAUUGGGUGCAAAAGUCUUCAUAAAAUUUAAAAAAAAAAGGGAUAAAAGGGGAACAGGCUGCCUAAAUUUAUUAAAGCAUUUCUGAGUUCCUUCCCUUUCGUUCGAUCAAAAAAUUAACAAUAAUUGUCUAGCCUGCCGAACCCAGAAGCUCCUUUUUGCUCUCUAUUUCUGAAUCGAUAUGGCUGUUGCAUCUGAAGAAGCAACCACAAUAUGCAAUCACUGUCACAGAGCUAUCCCCUCGUCAAAUAUUGAUUUGCACUCUGCUCAUUGCUUCCGCAAUCUAGAAAAAUGUAAAGUCUGUGGUGAUAUGGUUCCAAAAAAAUAUGCCGAGGAACAUUACUCGAACACCCAUGCUCCGGUCGCCUGUUCACUUUGUAGUGAGACAAUGGAACGUGAAAUAUUAGCCAUCCACAAAGGUGAAAACUGCCCUCAAAGAAUUGUCACGUGCGAGUUCUGUGAGUUCCCAUUGCCUGCAAUUGAUCUUGCUGAGCAUCAGGAAGUAUGCGGGAAUCGAACAGAACUUUGUCAUCUUUGUAACAGAUACAUCAGACUGCGAGAACGCUAUAACCAUGAAAUUAGGUGUAAUGGUGUCUCGGAUAAUACUGCUGGUCCUUCCAGGGAUGCUAGGCCAGCUGAAAGAAGACAAGGUCCUCCAAGAAGACAGGCAAACGAGGUUUCACAGAAGCGGCUUAUAUUCACCAUUGCACUAACAGGCAUUGCUGUUCUAUUAGGGUCUCUUUUUUUCCAGAGAAAGCCAGACGAGAGUCGUGUGCAUUAGCAACUGAGAAGAUAUACUCAUUGGGUUAUGUAGAUCUUUUUCAAGCUUCCAAUUUAUAUGUAUCUUAAAUCUUCUGAAGUCGUACCCACUGCUGUAACCGUAUUAAACUACAUUGAGACUGUGAUAAUACACUGACUGAUUCUGCCA